AUGAAAACCACAACUUUUCAAUUUGGCUUUGCAGAUUACUCGAAGCGAGAACUUUUGACGGUGAGUUUUCUUUGAUUGACUUUUCCGCCAACUCUCCGGCGGGAAGGUGGGAGUGAGGGGAGAAGGAGCGUGGUUUCAGAGAUCAAAUUCCACGCAAUUCAGAACUUUGUCCUUUUUGCUAUAGAUUUUUGGAAGAUGUAUUGUCAAUCUCCGUAAAAAUAUGUUCAACUGACCAUGGAAUCAGUGGUUCACAGAAAUAACGAUUUCGGCAGUGUCUUCUUCAAUAUGUAAAAUACUUCCGUUGCACUCCAAAUUGGGCUCAAUUUCAAUGUGAACUGUUUCUGUAUUGUCCCCUCAAAGUCUAUGCACCAGAUGCACCAGAUGUACAUGACAUCACUUUAUUUUCAAUCUUCCCUUUCAACAUUCUCCACAUUCUAGCCCCCACAGAACGGUUUGGGAAGCUCAAAAGCCCACUGAUCACAAGAUUCGAUUUGCUCGACCGUACACCUUCCCGAAAAUUUCGUUGAAAAAUGUCCGAAAACCAUUCUCUCCGAAUCACCAAAGAGACCGAUCUCGUGCUUCUGCGACAACAAAAAUAAAUUUCAAGGACAUUUCCUUGUCCUCGUCUUGUUCUCAACAAUCAGCUUCUGUUCGGCCCAGAAGCCUUCAACCGACAGUUUUUACAACUUUUCUUCAGAUCUCUGUUAAUGUAGAACCUAAUUUAAGACAUUUUAAAUCACCAAUAUCAAUGAAUAGAAGAAAACAUAAUAUUUCAGCCGAUUGGUUCGCAAGAGACCAUGAUGAGGACUUCGGAGCCUCUUUCGGAGGCGAGCAAAGUAAAUCCCAUAAAUAUCACGUCAUUCAAAGAAUUUUGAUUCUUUUCCAGAAGACUCUUCAUGAAAUCAAAGGCUACAGUUAUGUCAUCAAGAACUUUUCGGUUAGUAUGCCCAGUCAUAACUUUCCACUCCUUCUCAUCCCGUUAAAGCCAUAAAUUGUGCUUCUCAGGAAAGACUUGGGCGCGAAUCUGGCGAAUCUCGUCUGCCACCGAUGCUUUUGUUCGUGAAAAACUACCUGCGCCAUUAUUCAACUGCCCUUCUCGACAAAAUCAUCGACGUGGAGUUCGUGAAUUCGAUGCCUUAUUAUCAGGUGAGAACUUUUGUAAAACACGAUUGAAUAUUCCGUUUAGAACUCGCUGGAUGGCCUUCGAGUGGACCUCUACAAGCUGGAGAGCUCAUUUGCCUCAGUUUUCCAAGAAGAUCAGAGUGAGUUAGCACGAGACAUAACGAGAAGAUAUUAGAAUUUGCUCUAAUUUGACGCGUCCCACAGCAAAUCGGUUUCGAAACGACUGAUGUUGAUACGGAGGUCAAAUUUCAUUUUAUGGUAAAAAAAUCUUGCGGGCAAUUAAACUAAGCAAGUGAACUAAUUCAACAAUAAACUUUAUUGUAUCUCUUUCAGUCUCGGAAUACGUCAAGAGGGCGCUCGAUGAGGUUCUGCAUGGAACACCGGUCUAA